AUGGGCAAUCACAAGGCUUUCGCAGCUGCAGUGCUGGCUUUGAGCCUCGCCACAGGAUCAUGCACCAACACCACAUUUCCAUACAAGGACGCCACACUCUGCAUCGAUGCCAGAAUCGAGGAUCUUCUCUCGAGAAUGACGCUCGAGGAGAGCGCUGGCCAACUGUCCCACAACAGUCUCACAAUUGGACCCAAUGGAACUCUGACGCCUGGCUCUUCGACCUCCAACUCGACCGACAAUGUCAUCGGCGAGAAGUUCAUGACGCAUUUCAACCUUCGUGGUGACAUUGAGGACGUCCAUCUCACUGCGCAGUGGUACAAUCGGAUCCAGCAGCGGGCGUUAGACACGAGGCUGGGUAUUCCGAUUACGCUGUCGACAGAUCCACGACAUGCAUUCACUGAGAACCUGGGAACUGGUUUUGCCGCGAACGAUUUCUCUCAAUGGCCAGAAAGUCUUGGACUCGCGGCGCUUCGAAGCCCUGAACUCGUGAAGCAGUUCGCGGAGGUUGCCAGAGAGGAGUAUAAAGCGGUUGGACUUCGUGGCGCUUUACAUCCCCAGAUCGACCUAUCAACCGAAUAUCGCUGGUCGCGUAUUGGCAACACCAUGGGCGAAGACGCCAGCCUCACAGCUGAACUCGUCGUCGCCUACCUCAAAGGCUUCCACGGCGAGACAUUCGGCAAGCACUCCGUCACCACCGUCACCAAGCACUUCCCAGGUGGAGGACCCAUGGAGAAUGGCGAAGACAGCCACUUCACCUAUGGCAAGAACCAGACAUACCCUGGAGACAACUUCGACUACCACUUGAUCCCCUUCAAGGCUGCCAUCGCCGCAGGUGCGAGACAGAUGAUGCCGUAUUACUCCAGGCCUAUUGGGACUGAAUAUGAGGAGGUCGCCUUCGGCUUCAACAAGGGCAUCAUCACCGAUCUGCUCCGCGGUGAACUAGGCUACAAAGGCAUAGUUGUAAGUGACUGGGGCCUCAUCACGGAUACUUACAUCGCCGGCCAAUACAUGCCCGCCCGCGCAUGGGGUGUCGAGUACCUCAGCGAGCUGGAACGAGCAAAAAGAAUCCUCGAUGCUGGUGUUGACCAAUUCGGUGGCGAAGAGCGUCCAGAGCUUGUCGUCGAACUAGUCGAGACUGGCCUCGUCAUAGAGGAGAGACUCGGCAUCUCCAUCCGCCGCCUCCUCCGCGAGAAAUUUGAGCUCGGCCUCUUCGACAACCCGUUCAUCGACAUCGAUCAAGCCGAUAAGAUCGUCGGCAACCCCUACUUCGUCCGUCUCGGCAAAGAAGCACAGAGAGCGGCUUACACACUCCUCAAGAACGAAGACGACAUCCUCCCACUAAGGUCGAACGUAAGCCGCAAAGUCUUCGUCGAAGGCUUCAACGCAACUUACCUUUCUGCCUUGCCCUCCCUCACCCUCCUCGACGAACCCUCCGACGCAGACAUCGCUCUCCUCCGUCUCCAAGCGCCUUACGAGCCUCGUCCAGGAGGUUUCGAAGCGAAUUACCACGCUGGCUCUCUUGAGUACAACGUCACGGAGAAGGCUCGACAGAAAGCUAUCUUCGACGCAGUACCCAUCUCGAUUGUGGAUAUCUACCUCGAUCGACCUGCUGCAAUUCCUGAACUCGCGGAGCAAGCUACUGCGCUACUGGGCAGUUUUGGCAGCUCACCGGAGGCGUUCUUGGAUGUUGUGUUUGGGGUUGAUGGGGCGGAGCCGAAGGGACGGUUGCCUUUUGACUUGCCUCGAAGCCUGCAAGCGGUAGAGGACAGUAAGGAGGAUGUGCCUUUCGAUACGGAGAAUCCUGUGUUUAGGUUUGGGGAUGGGUUGAGAUAUGGUGAGAAGUGCUCUUCAUGA